ACGUCACCCCGCGCGAGCGUUUAUUAUCCCGCGCGUGACGUCGCCCGCGAAGGCGCGUCGUGACGCGCGAGCUCCUUAGGCUUCUUCGGCGACGUCCUUGCGUUCGUUGCGGCCCGAUGUCGACAAGGCGGUGAACGGCCGCAAACUUUCUCUCUCCUCUCGCUCUCUCGGUUCGCCUUCGUGCACUACGGGGGGGGAGGUUGGGUUAGGCCACAGAGGUCUCCGCGCUCGUCGCCCGACUAAUACGUCGAGAAAAUAUCGACGGGCGGACUGUAGUCAUUCGAAUGCCCUGUUUAUACUUUGACGACGGCUAACAAAACAAAAGUAAUGUAUCACAACAUCCUCUCAGCCACGACGGCCUUCUGGGGAGUGCGCGCAGAUUCGCCGCUAUUCUUGCAAUAAUUUUCCGCAGCCACGCGCAUGACGCCGUGUUUAAUGUUGCUGUUUGUCCUCGUAACGGGUGUCCCGUGUAUACGGUGUGGAACGAUUAACGCAUUUAAAGAGACAGCCUCAGUACAAAGGGAGGUGGCUCGUGACACCAGAGCACAAAGUUAUUUGAAUACAGGUGGAGCAGAAAAGGAAGGCUCAGAUGUGAAGAUGCCACAGGCCGUGGUGCUGCUUGGAACUUUCUGCGACAGCAGUGGACAGCAGCGGUUGCUGUCACCGCUCAAAUCCCCGGCGCGUCAACCUACUGCACCGGAGACCAGGCGGGGUCAACAACAGCCCAAGUGUUCCUCUCCCGAGCUCUCCACCCUGCCCACUGCAAAUUUCUGCCCUAAAUCACUCGGUGCCAAAUCACGCAGCCCCAAGUUGCCAAUUGCCGAUUCUCGCGGCCUCAAAUCGAACAGCCCCCGUGUUGGACAAGAAGCAGCAGGCGGGUCCAAGGAGACCACUCGUGGGCUCUCUGUGGUUCUGCACAGACUUGAUUUAAAUGCAGUGAAUGCAGGUUACUGUUUGUACAAGGGCAGCUCAGGAGAAAAAAAUCCAUCCUCUGGAAACCUAUGGCCGGGUUUGAAUGCAAACAAGGCCAGUUUGAAAUUGGAGGGCCAUAGUCUGGCACGUGACUGGCAGAGCAAAGAAGAUGACAAGGACUCGGAGUUCAACAGCCUCGUGACUUCUCUCCAGAAUGCCAACCUUCGCUCGCUCAUCAGCUACGAAUCAUUUAGGAAACUUCCGAGCGCGUGCCAACAACGUCUUCUGUUGCUGCUGCCGGAACCGGACCGUCAGCUUGGGGACGAUGGGAGUUUACAGCUCGGCAGUUCUGCUCUAUGCAAUGAGUUUUUCUCGUAUGCGGCACUGGACUGGCAAGAACGUCUGGCAGAGGGAGAAGAGUCGAAUCCGCGGCAGUGCAUACGGAAUGGACCGGCGAAGAAGGCGCGCUUGUCUGUACAUGAGCCACAUGCUCAGGACUCGCUGCAGAGCAACAUUGGAGAGUUUGUCAGUGGAGAUGCACUAUCUACCUCUCGGUGUAAAUCAGGUACGAGAGGUGCUUUUUCAGUCGUUAGAGACGAAGUGAAGAAGGUCCUCGGCACCCAGCACAAUCGUACAGUUUCUGGAAACUGUAAGGGUUCAGUGUUGAGCCUACCACCUUGCACUGUGAGGUUGGAAAAUUGUCUGCCACUGAAAGUGGUGGGCAGUGGCAAGUGGAGAAAGGAAAUCCAGCCAAUAAAGAAUGGUUGCCUCCACGAAAGGUCCUCUAAUAAUGUAAAAAGGAAUGAGAUGGCACGACUUGUGAAGAGCAUGCAUAUAGACACGUCUCGCGCACACACGUCUCGCACACAGACGUCUCGCUCACACACGUCUCGCACAGACACGUCUCACGCACACACGUCUCGCUCUCACACGACUCGCGCGCACACGUCUCGCGCCACAGCAGGUGGUCCCCACAUUCCUUUACAAGUUACCGAGCAGUCUGAAGAACUUGAGGAUUGGAGAGAAAAGCUGGGAGAGAUUUCUUCGUCGGGAAUGCGGAAAAACUCAAAACCGCAACGCCCGUCGUCGAAAGAAAAAAGUCCGUUGACAAGUAAAAAAGCGUUGAAGGCAGCUGCCAGAAGUUUGUGCGAGGAGGAAAGCUCCACCUCGCCAGCGCCCUCUCGGCCAGCAAAGCGAGCGCUGCCUGUGAGGCAUCGUGGCAAGCGAUGGAAGACUGCCGCCUGCCUGUCUGUGAGCUCAAAUGAACCCGAGUCAUCUGUUAACAUCAGACCUGUCACUGUUACAAUUUUUCGCCUCCCUGUUCAAGUUUUUUCUGAAGUGUCCACAAUUUACAACGUUAACAAGUUGUCAAAUGCGCGAGAAGGUCAAAGCACUGUUCUCUGUGAUGAAUCGAAUACUCAAUCCAAAGCAAAUUGUGACUUGAAAAUGCAAAAAAAUGGCAGGAAGCAACGUACAAAAAAGUUUCCUACAAAAUUCACACGCAGAAAGCGACAGAGCGCAACCAGAUCAGCAAUUGAAGUGGAUGCAAUAUUGCACAAUGCAUUUCCAAAAAAGGGAGGUGAAAAUGGACGUAUUGUAGCAAAGAAGCAUCUGAAUGGGAAUUUAAACUUUCCCAAGAUCACACGCGAGCUGUUGGUGUGCAAGGGAACCGCGGAAAAAGGUUUUGAUGAAAGCCCAACGAAAGGCAUAUCUGGCGAUGUUGAAGAACAAAGAGUGAAAACGCACAGCGAGCCCAUGACCCCGACCCCACUCUCGCAGAGUUCUGCCCUGACACCAAAGCAAGCCGCAAAGUCUGCUCUCCCUCUGCCUCACUCGAAGAGGAACUCCAUCGAUUGGAUGUGUUUGUCUGCAACCUCACGCAAGCGUCUGUACCCAAAUUACCCCCUGCUGGGAGAUGAACCGGAGCUCCCUCAGAACAGCCUCCUGCCCUUGCCUUCUGUCAGGCUCGCCCUUGUCAAGCUUCAAGGUGCAUCCACUGCACAGACCGAGGAUGUUCCAGUAUCUCCGGAGUCUAAAAGAAUGCACUUGGAGCCUGGGCAUCUCUCGGACAGCGGGCUGUCAGGCUGUGGCGUGGCUGCACACACAGCGCCUUGGCGCUCUGAGAACAUUCCCUUCCACUUUCCAUCGACUCUGCUGCCGACGCCUCCCAAUCGUUUACAACACGGCCACCGAGCCAGCUGUAAGAGUGUUGAAGGGGACCAGAUAGUUUUGCGGGAGAUAGCCAAUUCGCCAUUGCGAGCGAGAAGCCAUGCAGACGAGCCGAUGCAAUAGAGGCAACGAUUACCUGCACGCCUGAUGGAAGCCCCUGCAGAUUCUAACCCUCCUGGCGCGCACACCCUCACUCAUGCCCCUUGCCUUCGCAUACAUUCAAGAGUGUGCCGGCCGUGCACACAGUGUGCAAGGUAGUUCUUGAGCGCCUGGCCACAAAGAUCUUCUGGAAUCUGCAGAGCCUCGGUUGGCUGGCAAGAAGUGUAGAGAUUCAGGUGUGUUUGUUGAGGUGCCUUCUCAGAAGAGGUUCAAGGAAACAAUGCUUUUGUAAAGGUUCCUACUUUGGUGUGAUGUGAGCCAAAAUUCAUUUGAGAAAUUAGACAAGCCUCUUAAAUUUAAACCUAUUUGUUUUGAAAGAAAAAAGCUAUUCCCCCCCCACCCCCCCAAUGUGUUACAAAGUAUGUGAUUGGUGCAAUAUGAUGAGAUGAAGGCUCGGUUCGUAAAUCUCAUAGAGUAGUGUGCCCAGUGUCUGACAAUAUCCCAUGGAAGUUAUUUUUCACAGGACUUCUGAAAAAUGCAUCGAGUGGCCUUUUACACAUUACACAGUAGGUGAGAAGUCUGCUAUGAGAUGCACAUUACCAUCAAACCGAUAUAUUUUUGUAUUUCUCACAGCUGAAAUUUAGCCAGAUAUAGGCAAUUUGUGUUAGGCGUUGGUAACUGGAUUGAAACCAUCAACCCUCUCAACGGUGCCAGCUCGGUGUUUUAUCUUCCAAGUCACCGGCCAUCUCACUUGGAUGUCUUGGACAAGUUAAAAGGAAGUUCCAUGAUGUCAAAAUAUUUAUUUAGAAAAAAAGUAAUAUUGUUUAACAUACGUUUCUCUUUCAAGUGUUUUUUAAAACCUGUUAAUAUAAAAGUACAGGUAUCCUUCGAUUUAUGAACAUUGGGUUUACGAAAUUUCACGUGAACGCAAUUGGCAAAUUAUGUACACUUUUGAUUCGCGAAAUCUAAUUUCCACGUGAACGAACUUUCACAUGGCAUCAAACAAGAGCGGCCCGGGGCAACUUGUGUCAUUCAUCUGCUACAGCCUCACAUCACCUUUCCAGGCAUUCCAACAUGUCCAUCUUUUGGCGAUUGCCCCAAAAAGGUUAAUUGUUGGUUUAGAAUUAAUUAUGAUUCAAUCCGUCUAAUAUUUAUUCAUUAUUAGUUUUGUAUUGUAAAAAAGUUGUAUAGGUGUAUUUUUAUACUUUAGGGGUAGAGUUGGAAUGACUGGCCUAAACAUCCCAAAUUUUUUUUUUAUUAAAUUAAUGGGAAAAGAUUUUCGAUUAACGAAAUUGCGUGACGCGUGUUCUUUUUGAAGAACACCGCGCCCCUUUUGUAAACCGGGGAAUACCUGUAUUGGGACAACCUUAACAUGUGAAUAAAAGUAACAUUUCAAGUCUGUAAUAUUACAUUAAGUUUAAGUAACAUGCCUAAUUUGUUCAUGAGGGCAUGAUUGAGGAGACGGUGGAGUGAAACGUCCCACUUCUCUGGCAAUGUUUUUAGCAGCUGAAACGUGACAGCUUCCCAAAUUACUUUCCAGCCUAACAUAUCUGUCACGAUGCUGCACAGUUGUCUAUAAGUACAGUUAAUAGCCAGUAAAAUAAUAUUUCCUCAUGAAGUACGGUGCAUGGAUAAGUGACCACCAUACGUAAUGGGGUUUUAACAAGUCCUC